UGCGCAAGAAUCAUCGUUGUGAAAAUCGUUGGAACUGCUGGCUGCAUCCAUGUAGUAACUACAAGAUUAAGAGGCAGCACAAUCAACAACAUAAGUUCACGCUUCUUUUUUCCUCUCUUUCUCUUCACAAGUCCCAUCACUCAACUUUAUUAUUAAAGACCUCCAGAAACCGACCCCCAUGGAGGAAAACGGUCUCGAGACAGAGUGGGUGAGAGUGUGUGAAUAAAAGUGAGCUAUGCUGAGGUGUCUCGGGGUAUCUCUCUGUCAUUGAGCAUUGAAAUGACCAUGGCCAUUCAAGAGACACUCUUGUACUCAGCCUUUACCGGCCUAAGUCUGGCCGCCUUCCAGUUCCUCCACCAUGUCCAACCCACGCCUUACAUGGAUGAAAUGUUCCACAUUCCGCAGGCCCAGCGCUAUUGUGCGGGUCGAUUCCAGGAAUGGGAUCCCAAAAUCACCACCCCACCCGGAUUGUAUCUGAUCUCGGUGGGCGUGCUCCACCCGCUAUCCCAAUGGCUGGGCCAGGUUUUGUGCCAGACCUACCAUUUGAGGCUCAUCAAUGUGGGAUUGGCCUCGUUGACCCUGAUCAUUCUGUACCGAAUCUCGGAACAGAUCCAUGGUGGAAAACACUACUAUGACGCCCAGCAAGCCUUGCUAUCCUCGUUGAACAUGUGCUUGUGCCCGUUGUUCUACUUCUUCAGCUUCUUCUACUACACGGACGUGGGCUCCACGUUCUUCGUGGUAUUUAUGUAUUCCCUGCAUUUAGAUGGCCGCGAUUGGUGCGCCAGUUUCAUCGGACUGUUGGCCGUCAGUUUUCGUCAAACGAAUAUCAUUUGGGUGGCUUUUGUGGCUUGGCAGCGGCUCGGGCCCUUACUGGUCCACAAUAUCCACAUGCACAUGUUAGAAGGCCCUCACCCCGUCAAGAUCAAUUUGGACACCCGCGGUCAGGUGGUGGAGCUCUUGGAAGGAGUUUACUUUCUUCUAUUCGAUCCCCGCCGUACUUGGCGGCUGAUCCGACUGGCCCUGCCCCAAGUGGGUGGCUACCUAUUGGUCGGGAUGGCCUUUGUUUCGUUUCUUAUCCUCAAUGAAGGGAUCGUGGUGGGUGACCGGGAGGCCCACGUGGCUUGCUUCCACCCGACCCAAGUCCUGUACUUCUGCGCCUUCUGCCUGGGAUUGGCCUGGCCAUUCCUCCUGCCCCUCCUCCCCGCCUUUCUGACCUUUGGGAGGCGCCAUUAUCGCUUGAUCAUUUUUCAAGCCAUUCUGUGCUAUUGCAUCGUUGACGUCUAUUCGUUGGCCCACCCCUAUCUUUUGGCCGACAAUCGUCAUUACACGUUCUACAUCUGGCGAAGACUCUUAGAUCGGAGUUUCUGGAGCAAGUACCUCCCGAUUCCGAUCUACAUGUUUGGAGCCUUUGGCGUACUCCACAAUCUCAAGCGGACCAAUAUUGCAUUUAAGGUGUCUUAUCCCGUGUUCGUGAUGGUCAGUUUAACGCCUCAACUCUUGCUGGAGUUUCGUUACUUUAUUGUUCCCUAUAUGUUCUUCCGAAUCCAAGUGCCACCCACAUCAUGGCUGAAAUUGGGGGCCGAGUUGGCCUUUUUCUUGUGCAUCAACGCUGUGACCUUUUAUUUGUACGUUCAAAAACCGUUUGAAUGGGAGCACGACUCGGGAAAGGUGCAAAGGUUCAUGUGGUGAGCUGCCAAUACAUAACGAUUAAAAUGCAUGUCCCCUCA